AUGGCUCCAGCGACAGAUGUAUCUCCACGUACAACAAGACUAGAAGGUGGAAGCUUCAAGGGCAGUUUCAAUUCAAUGGAGGAUGAAAAUGAAGACACAUUGGAGAAUAUGAACCAAACCAACGCCGCCAAACCUCCAAGAAACCUCUCUGCUAUGCGCCAUUGCACCAGCUCUGCUUGGAUAACCACACGGGAAUCAGAUAUGGGUGCUUUGGGCUUGAAGGCACCAUCAUUAAGUGAGAAUUGUGGCUUUUUACCUGUGUUUCGUUCAGGAAGCUGUUCUGAGAAAGGUCCAAAACAGUAUAUGGAGGAUGAGUUUAUAUGUGUUGAUAAUCUCUUUCAAUAUCUUGGUUCGGCUGCAAACUUCCCUUCCCCAGGAGCAUUUUAUGGGGUAUUUGAUGGACAUGGUGGCCUUGAUGCUGCAUCCUUUACCAGAAAGAACAUUCUCAAGUUUAUUGUUGAAGAUUCCAAUUUUGCAGCUGGAACGAAAAAGGCUGUUAAGAGUGCUUUUCUCAAGGCUGAUCAUGCACUUGCAGAUGCUAAAUCUCUCGAUAGAUCCUCUGGUACCACUGCUUUGACUGCUCUCAUUUUGGGAAGGACCAUGCUCAUUGCUAACGCUGGGGAUUCUCGAGCUGUAUUAGGUAAACGAGGAAGAGCAAUCGAGCUGUCUAAAGACCACAAACCCAAUUGUACCUCUGAAAGAUUAAGAAUUGAGAAACUAGGUGGUGUCAUAUAUGAUGGCUACCUCAAUGGUCAGCUUUCAGUAGCACGUGCUCUUGGAGACUGGCAUAUUAAGGGCUCUAAAGGUUCAAAAAGCCCCUUAAGCUGUGAGCCAGAGUUGGAAGAAAUUUUACUGACUGAUGAAGAUGAAUUUUUGAUAAUGGGCUGCGAUGGCCUUUGGGAUGUGAUGAGUAGCCAAUGCGCGGUUACAAUGGUGCGGAAGGAGCUGAUGCAGUAUAAUGAUCCUGAAAGGUGCUCUAGAGCACUUGUCAAGGAGGCACUACAACGCAACACAUGUGAUAAUCUAACUGUUGUUGUGGUCUGUUUCUCUCCAGACCCACCUCCAAAGAUUGAAAUUCCUAGAUCAUAUAAGAGAAGGAGUAUAUCAGCGGAAGGGCUGGAUCUCCUCAAGGGUGUUUUGAACAACGUAUGAGCAAGAGUUGAUGAUUUGUUGAACCAAGCAUCCUGGAUAUCUGAUACACUUGGUUUUUUUGGAUUUUCAUUCAGUAAUUUUUUGAGUUGUAGUCCUAAACUGGUAAUAAGUUGCCUGAAUUUUGGUUGUGGCAACCUCAGCAAAUUUGAUCUUGGUUUCAGGAUCUCAGUGGCAAGCUCAAAGCAUCAGCAAGGAUUCUUCUGUUUUUCUUUGUAACAAUUUACUAUGUGUAGCUCCUCAGUAAGUAAAAGCUUACACAUUCUGAAGU